GACAGAGGAAGCGUCCUGAUCCACUCAGACCAGCACCCAGUCUCCUGUGUGCCGGAGCCGGCGGAGGUGACGAUGCUCCUGAGCAGCUUGUGCCUGGCCCUUCUCCUCCCGGCGCUGGCGGAGGCUCAGUAUGAGAAGUACAGCUUCAGAAGUUUCCCCCAGAAGGACAUCAUGCCGCUGGACUCCGCGUACGGCUACGCGAUGGAGCAGUACGGGCAGCAGAAGUGGGGGGAGAGCAUCAAGUUCCUGGAGCUCAGCCUGCGGCUCCACCGGCUGCUGCGGGACAGCGAGGCGUUCUGCAGCCGCAACUGCAGCUCGGUGAGCCGGGACCCCCGGGACCACGACCCCCUGUUCGCCGACAGCAGCCUGCGCGUCGUGCGCCACAUCCUCCUGAGGGCUGCGUGCCUGAAGCAGUGCAAGGCGGGGUUCCCAGUGUUUAACCUCGCGUAUCCACGAAGGGAUUUAUUGGAAACGUUCGACCAGAGGGUGCCGUAUCGGUACAUACAGUACUCGUACUACCAGCUCAAUAACAUGAAGAAGGCUGUGGCGGCCGCCCACACCUUCCUGAAGAAGAACCCCAAUGACCCCUACCUUGUCAAGAACAUGAACUACUACAAAACGCUGAUGGACGUGGACGAAUAUCUCAUCGACCACGAGGAGCAGCCGUACGAGAGCGUUUUCCUGAAGAGCGUGGAGCUCUACAACAGCGGAGAUUUCAGCAGCAGCGCCCAAAACAUGGAGCUGGCCAUCAAGCAGUACUUUGAAGUAUACAGCCUCUGCUUAGCGGGCUGCGAGGGCUCGUAUGAGAUCUUGGAGUUCAAGGACUUCUACCCAACUCUGGCAGAUCUCUACACUGAUGUGCUGAAGUGUAAGGUGAAAUGUGAGGCGCACCUGAUGCCCUACGUCGGAGGAUUCCUUGUGGAGAAGUUUGUGGCCACAAUGUAUCACUACCUCCAGUUUUCUUAUUAUAAAUUGAACGACGCAAAGAACGCGGCUCCGUGUGCAGCCAGUUACAUCCUGUUUGACCCCAACGACCAGGUGAUGCAGCAGAAUGUGGAGUAUUAUCACUUCUACCAGGAGCAGUGGGGCCUCAAGGAUCAGGACUUCCAGCCUCGGCCUGAGGCCCAGAGGUAUUUUAACCAGACGACCAAACAGAAGGAGAUGCUGGAGUUUGCACUGAACUACCUCCAAACAGACGACGAGGACGUGGUGAGUCCAGAAGAAACGGGCGCCGCCCACUCGGAGAACCCCGAUGCUGAGUUUGACGGGAUGGGAGACUAUGAGGAGUCCUUCCUGGCCGAAUGGUGGCAGGAGCCCAAAACAAAGUCGGACGCGGGAGAGGUCGUGGACUGACAUCUGACCUCGUGCGGCAGAGCAGCGGCUCCCUCGUCCAGCUCUGUCCCACCUGUCCUGACAACAUACCAAAGAACGUCGACCCCCCCCCCAGACGGGUCGACACUCCUGUCAGUGUUUUAGCAGAAAAACCUCAACUCUCUCUCUCUCUCUCUCUCUCUCUCUCUCUCUCUCUCUCUCUCACAAACACACUCAGCUGUUCUCUCUGAGGACGGAUUUAUCCAUCAUGUUGAUCAAGUUCAGAGAUUGACAUAUUCUGUCGUGGCUGUCAUCAGCCUUUUUUUAAAGACUGUUAUUUUUCACAAGGAGUCACUGUCCUGUGUGUCAGCGACCUUUCUACAGUUUUUAUUUAAUGAAAGCUGAAUGCCUCAGUGUUCUGGUAUAAGGAAUCUGAUGUGUAGUUUUUCUUAUACCAAAAGGUUUCUUCAACAACCAACUGGGGCGUUGAUAUAAUAGUAAUUUGAAAUUAAAAUAAUAUUUUAAUAUA